AUGCCCGGCCUCCCUUUGGCAAAGCCAUUGGUAAGGCAAACAGAUGGCCGACUACAGCUAAGCUAUCAGCUACCUCACCGUGUCUACAGCGCCAAAGCCUACCCUACGCUGUCGCCUAACGGCUCGUCCAUAAUAAUUUACGGCUACGAAAAUGGCUUGAAGAUCAUAUGGAGAGGAGGAAAACACUUCAAACUUGUCCAGGAUGCUUCUUCCACGGAGCAAGACAAGAAGCCUGAUGGUCCAGCCAAGGACGACGCUGUCAUGAUCAUCGACUCAGACGAGGAAGAGACACCUGAACCCCCGCGGGACGAAUCCGCGAAGGUUGCUUUUGAAGAGACGGAGGCAGAAAUCGAUCCUUCACGUCCUUUCAAAGAGAUUCUCCGUCACGUCGACAUCCCUCUGGGGUCUGCAGUGCUCAGUUUAGCGGUUCCUCGUUGCCUCCCGGAGGGUGCGCGCUCGCCGCUGGAUCCUUUGCCACCAGUGCUAUCGAAGAGGAUCGUAGUAGCCGCCACAUGUGCUGAUAUGUCUACACGGAUCAUCACUCUUCCUCUAGUUCCUCCUCACGUAUCUAACACAGAUCCGUCGACAUGGGGUCUCCAGAUACUUUCUAUCAGCGGUCUUUCAUCUCAUCAGGAAAUACCCCGUGGGGUUGCCCUGACAUUUACUUGCCAGGAAGACGGAGAAAGCCAGAGUGAUAGCAGCUCUAGCAACCCGAGAACUUCUUCGAGGCGCGAGUCCGCGUCAGGAUCUGGGGGCAGAUGGGACCUGUUGUUGGCUACUCAUUCAGCGGAGGCCUCCGGUACACUCCUAGUGUAUCGAAUUCCGGUCGUUGAACAGUCAAAUCAGGCAGAGAAGGAUUAUUUGCUGUCUGAGUCCCAUCUUCAUCCUGUCCAGAGACGCUACUUGCCGGCGCCUGCUAAAAGCAUUUCUUUCAACCCCUCUCCCUAUCCAUCACAGCGUCAUGCCAACCUCCUAAUCUCGCUAGACAACGGUUCAGUAAAGAUCUAUUCAUAUCUUGCCACAAGCUCAACAUCUCCAGGCGGGCGCCGAGGCUCAAACGAUGAUCUGGACUUCACAGAUCCAGAAGGGAGGUGGUUAAUGACCCUGUACCCUGGUUUUGAGCCGUCAUCCACGGGCUUUACUUCUCGAAAGACCAUCCUCGAUGCGCAAUGGGUUCUUCGUGGAAGAGCCGUCAUGGUACUUUUAGCCAACGGGGAAUGGGGUGUAUGGGAUAUCGAAGGAGCUGGUCCAGGUAGUCAGCAAGGCCCUCUGCGCUAUCAAUCCAGCGUGCAGGGAGUGACAGGCGGCUCACUCACACUUUUCGCUGUGAGUGGCCGAGUCGUCGCUACACCAGAAGGGAAUAAAUCCCCUGCUAGUCGUUCAGUCUCCGAGCAACGAAGCAAGUUUGCGCCUAUGACGCCUUCCACGAAGAGACUUCGGGAAGAUACGUUGUUCAAAGGGUCCUCGAGUCCCUCGCAGCCUUCUCUGUACGGUGGAAUAUCCGUUAUCCAGACGAGCCCCUCAAGGGACACUGCUCCCGACGAAUCGAUCCUCAUCCAGCACGGCAAUAACAGCGCUAUCAUUCCCAACCUGUUGGCUUUGUGGCGGAAUCACGUGAAGACCACUGGGACGUUCGACUCUUUGGAGCGUUGCAAGAUGACUCCUGUGAGCGGUGUGAACCUUUUGGGUGAGAAGUUGAACUCCGUGGAUCACCUCCCCACAUCUCACAGCGCACGAGAAACAGGACGAAGGGAAUUCGACAUCCUGAUGGCAGCAGAGCAUCAGAUUAUCAUAGUCGCACAGGAACUGAAGGAGCCGAACGGCAAGCUGGAGCCGAAACACUCCCAUGCAGACUCGAGGUCUUCUAUCGAAGCUGACAGGCUUAUGCUCGACAAGGGCGAGCUUGGCGUGGAGGGCAUGGAUCGUAUCCUGACGGGUAUGGCGAACAGGGGCAGUCCUCUGAAGAGAGCACGCCUGUUUACCUGA